AUGGAAACUGAAAGAAAAGGAGGCCAACUCAACAGUCCGUUUCCAGCGCCUAAGUUAAAAAUAAUGGAUGUUGAUCUUGAGGAGGCGUUAGAACUGGCAGGCGUUGGUAAAUACCAAUAUUUCCAUUGCGCGUUGAUGGUAUUGACAUUGGCAGCUGCUCUCCUGGAGAUGAUCGGGUAUUCCUUCAUACUACCUUCCGCUGCCUGUGACUUAGAUUUACCAGACAAUUUAAGAGGAAUUGUGGCAUCUAUACCAAAUAUAGGCGUUAUUUUGACGGCGCCACUCUGGGGGAGAGCGGCUGACUCUCUGGGUCGAAAACCAGUUCUGUUGUUGUCUUCGGCGUUCGCAGGUUUUUUUGGUUUAAUCGCGUCGUUUAUGCCUUCAUUGCUAACAUUCGCACUGUGCAAAUUAGCAGGGUCUUUAUUCUUAUCAUGUCCAUCGUCUCUUUGCUUCGCGUAUGCUGGUGAAUUAAUGCCGAGGAAGAGACGAGAUGUGACCCUGUUGACAUGCAAUGCUUUCCUUAUGCUCUCUGCCUCAUUAACUCCAAUUCUAGGUUGGACCAUUUUGUCAAACAUCUGGUAUGGCUUUAAGCCUUGGCGAUUACUUACAAUGGUUUACGCUCUGCCUUUGAUUUUGUCUGCAUUCAGCCUGACUCUGACGAAGGAGAGUCCAAAGUUUCUUGUAACUAGAGGAAAGUACGACGAGGGUUUGGAAGUGCUGAAGCAUAUUUAUUCAGUGAACAGUGGCUUGGAAAAGGAGCGCUUUAGUGUAGUAUCUUUGAAGAGGUCUAUAGAUGAGAACGGAAUGGAGCUGGAGUUGGACAGUUCUCGGAGACAUGACUCGAUAUUUUCCCUGUUGCGUCCACCGCACUUGCAAUGGCUUGCACUUCUUGGUUUCCUUAUGUUUGGCUUGUUUUCACUGUUAAAUGGCCUGUACAUUUUCGCACCGGACACUAUAAAUAAACUAUUAAAUCCAUCAAAUAAGGCUUACAGUACUAUAUGCGAAGUGAUAAAUCUCAAAGAAAAUAAGACAAGCAGUGCCACGUGCGAUGACACCAUAUCUCGUGAAACCUUCCAAAUAAUGAUAGUAGCGACAGUCGUGUACGGCGUAAUAGUGAUGAUGAUCAGCCUCAGCCCAGUCUCCAAAAAGAUCCAGCUUAUUACCAUGUUCUUGGUAGUUGGUGCAGCUUGUAUUUCGUCAAAGCUUACCACAAAUAGAUUGUUCGCCGGGAUAUCUAUGUCAGCCUUGCAGAUAACUGCUUUAGGCAUCGGACCGCUUACAGCAUACGCAGUUCAUCUCUUUCCUACGAGUUUGAGGGGCACGGCUGUCGGCGCAGUUCUCAUGUUCGGGCGUACCGGUUCCGCGGUCGGAGCCAAUGCUGCGGGCAUCUUUCUCGCCAGUUCUUGCACGACCACGUUCUAUGGUUUUUCUUCUAUGCUGUUCUUAUGCGCGGCUCUUUGCAUUCUCCUGCCAAAGGACCAUCCGCCAAGAAAUACCAGAUAA